CAGAGACGGGAGCAGCAGCGGAAGCUCUGCCUGCUGGUCAAACACUACAGGCUGUUGGUGGGAUGUUGGAAGAAUUGUGAAUUUGUUCUCCUCACUGCUGUGACACCGGUAGCUGCUGUCGACCAUGAGCAACAGCCACCCCCUGCGGCCGCUGGCCUCCGUGUCGGAGAUCGACCACAUCCACCUGCUGUCGGAGCAGCUGGGGGCGCUGGUGCUGGGAGAGGAGUACAGCGAUGUCACCUUCAUCGUGGAGGGGAAGCGCUUCCCCGCGCACCGCGUCAUCCUGGCGGCGCGCUGCCACUACUUCAGGGCUCUGCUCUAUGGUGGGAUGAAGGAGUCCCACCCCCAAGCAGAGGUGUGUUUGGAGGAGACGCGGGCCGAAGCCUUCUCCAUGCUGCUAAACUACCUGUACACGGGCAGGGCCAGUCUCAGUUCUGCCCGGGAAGAGGUUCUGCUGGACUUCCUAGGCUUGGCUCACCGCUACGGCCUUCAGCCCUUGGAGGACUCUACCUCCGAGUUCCUACGCACCAUCUUGCAUAUCAACAAUGUCUGCCUUGUUUUUGACGUGGCCAGUCUCUACUCUCUGAGCGCGCUCAGUGCGGCCUGCUGUGCCUACAUGGACAGACACGCACCAGAAGUCUUGAGUUCUGACGGUUUUCUCACUCUCUCCAAGAUUGCUUUACUGACCGUGGUCCAGCGCGACUCGUUUGCUGCCAGCGAGAAGGACAUUUUCCUGGCAUUGUGCCGCUGGUGCCGGCACCACGAAGACGGCGCUGACACCCUGGAAGUGAUGGCGGCCGUGCGGCUGCCGCUUAUGACUCUUACAGAGAUGCUGAAUGUGGUUCGACCAUCUGGCCUUUUGAGCCCAGACGACCUGCUGGACGCCAUUAAGACCCGCUCAGAGAGCCGCAACAUGGACCUGAACUACCGGGGAAUGCUCAUCCCAGAAGAGAAUAUUGCCACCAUGAAAUACGGGGCUCAGGUGGUGAAAGGAGAGCUGAAGUCAGCGCUGCUGGACGGAGACACCCAGAACUAUGACCUGGACCACGGCUUCUCCAGGCAUCCCAUUGAAGACGACGGCCGAGCUGGCAUCGAGGUCAAACUUGGCCAACCGUCCAUCGUCAACCAUGUCCGCCUGCUUCUGUGGGACAGAGACAGCCGGUCUUACUCUUACCACAUCGAAGUGUCCAUGGAUGAGCUGGAUUGGGUGCGCGUUGUGGACCACUCCAAAUACCUCUGCCGCUCGUGGCAGAACCUUUACUUCACACCCCGUGUUUGCAGGUAUGUACGCAUUGUGGGAACUCACAACACGGUCAACAAGGUGUUUCACCUCGUGGCCUUUGAAUGUAUGUUCACCAACCGCCCUUUUACCAUAGAAAACGGACUUCUGGUGCCCUCGGACAACGUGGCGACGACUGCAUGCUGCGCUAGUGUCAUCGAAGGUGUGAGUCGGAGCAGGAACGCUCUGCUCAACGGUGACACGCGGAACUACGACUGGGACUCGGGCUACACCUGCCACCAGCUGGGCUCGGGGGCCAUCGUCAUCCAGCUCGCUCAGCCCUACUCCAUCGGCUCAUCACGGUUACUAUUAUGGGACUGUGACGAGCGCUCCUACAGUUAUUACGUGGAAGUCUCCACCAACCAGCAGCAGUGGACAAAGGUUGUUGACCGCACCAGGGUAGCAUGUCGGUCAUGGCAGACGCUGAAGUUUGAUCAUCAGCCGGCGUCCUUCAUCCGCAUUGUUGGGACUCACAACACUGCUAAUGAGGUUUUCCACUGUGUUCACUUUGAGAGUCCGGCCCAACUGGACACGGAGGUGAUUGAAGGGAGUCCAGGCGUGGACUCGUCUGACUCUGGGGUGACGCUGCAGCCGAGGCCCCAGCGACCGUCACGCACACACAGCCUGCUGCCCACCCAGCCGUCCCCGUCCCAGUCGCCGCCAUCCCUCUCCCCUCACUCCCUCCACUGAGAGCCGCUCCUCCUCGUCGGGCUCGAAGGUGUUUUGCGAGGAAGUGAGAACUCCGAAUGCCGUUUUGCACAGAUGUCAUGACUCACACUGCACUGCUACAACUCUGCUACAUCCUGUUGUCAUAACCAGUGGUCUCGCCGUCUUGUAUACAGCAGCAGAGACGACUCCCGUCUUCCCCGUUCUGAGACAGAAAAUUAGGUUCAUCUGCCGACAAAUACAUUUUUUGAAGGUACUUUUUCAGCUAUUCAGACCCCAAAUCAUGAAAACUGAAUCUUUGUCUCCUUAGAUGAACAUAAUGAGAUAUUAUUCUGCAUCACAAAAGAGCAGUAAAACCAGCGUGGGGAUGGAUAGGUGCUAUUUAAAUGGACUUUAUCCAUGUCAAGGUAUUUUUUAAGAAACUAACUUCAAAAGACAACUCACUUUUCAUAUCAUCAAUCUAACAGAGAAGUACUCUAAUAUUUUUCCGAAUUGGGAGGGUUGUUCUUUAAAAGCUUGCCAAAGUUGUUGAGUGAGUGAUUUUUGUGACUUUUGUAAGCAAAUGGAACUUAAUCCAAUUAUGCGUUUGCAUAUUAGAUUAUGGCGUAGGGGUACUUGGAAACAGGCUUUUACAUGCAUAAACAAUGAAGGGCAGUGUCUUUUUUGAUAAUUAAAUUAAUACCUCAAGAAAAACUUGACAAAAAUUAACCAAGAUUUAACUGAGUGUCUUAUCUUAAUGUUUUAAGAGUGAAAAAAGCUUUGCACAGAUAAUUGGUGAAAUUUAAUUAAGUUGUUGAGAAUUGGGCUUUAGAUGCUCGGACCAAAUUCCACUUUCACACGUGCUGCUGAAACAUGAAGUUUAUAUAUGAUGGAGAGAUGAGCAGCUGCCAAUGUCACUUUAUGUUAAGUACUCAGAAAUAAAAUCUGCAGCGAGGGUUUUCUGAAGUGGAAGACCGCUUGCUGGAUUUGAUCUUGCUGUUUGUAAAAUUAAUGAAUCCAUGGCUCCUGGAUAUCUUUAAGAAAGGAAUGUUUUUUGUGUGUUAUUUGAGACUGGUUUUUUAAAUUAAGCUGUAACUGUUUUGACUCUGCUUUGAUGUGUUUAUUUGUUUGUUUGUUUGUAUGUUUGUAUCCAGAUGUUGCACCUUUUGAGUUGUUUCGGGCGGGGGGGAGGGAACAAAAAAACUAUCUCCUUCUUGGAAUCUGUUUGUUUGAUGUAACAUAAUGUGAAAUACAUAACCAGCCAGGGUGACCCAUCGAUGUUUGUUCCUUUAGACGUCUCAACUGUUUUGAAAAUUAGCCAGUAGUUUGUGGCUAUUAGUUAGAUAAAUUAGAAAAUAUAACUCUGUUCAGGUGACAUUACAGUGUAGGAAAAAAAAAAACCAUACCCCAUAUAUUUUGUUUUAUUGCUUCACUUUUUCCAACACAUUUCUUGUUUCUUUUUAACAACUGACAUCUUUAUUAUUUUCUGGUUUGGAGUUGCAUGCAGUUGCUGCUGUUAAAGCAAGUGUACGAACUUUAAUGUUGGAAACACAUUGAGCUCAACUUUUAAAAGCCCUGAAAGCUUUCGUUACAAAACAGUAUUAAUUGUCACGUAGUCAUAAGGGCUUUCAUGCUAAACUGGUGUGCAAAGUUGAUAUUACCUGGUGAGAAGUGACUGUCAUUAAACUUUUAACUGACUAAUUUGAAACUCAAAUAUCUCUUGUGUGUCUCAGCUGGAGUAAUGGCAUCCAGGGGUUUUAACCAGGACGCUGGGGGCAGAAACAUGUUUUAAAAACUAGAAGUGUUUAGCAAUUUUACUACUAAAACUCCUUAUAUAGUUGUGUGCAACAUUUUGAGUUUUUAAAUGUUUUUUUUAUUGCAGGGUAGUGAUACAGAGCCCAGGACCUGGUGCACGUUUGUGCUCAUUUCACCGUAACUCAUACUGCGUCUCGCUGUAAAAGCUUAAUGUAGGAUACAUUUUACGGGUUAAUUGUUUAAAUACAAAAACGUUGCUGUCAUCCACCUGAUCUCGUGACAUCGGCACACGAUGUAGUUUUAAAGUGUUCGCUAUUUUAUUUUAUUUUAUUUUUCUUACUUUUAUGCAAGUAUUUCUUAAUAUAUUGGCGCUUAAACUUAUUUAUAUUUUUAACACGAAUCUGUUGUCAUGAUUCAAUUUAGGAUAAGCUCUUCCUCUGUGCCAUCGUCUUCCAGUGGGUUUAAGCAACAGUAUGGUGAUUAAAUAAAGAGAUCAGUCAAACCAAUGGUUAUUUUUAUUUCUUUAUUGACAGAUGCAUACAGAAAAGGUACAAAACUUCAGGAUAAAAUGCAGUUACAAAUUAAGAACAGUAAAUUAUAUAUCAAAAUAAAAUAGAAGGCUUGAGGUUUAAGGAGGAAAAAUAAAUAAAAAGAGGAUCAAGAAAUAUAUUUUUCACAUAAGCUUCUCGUUUUAACCGCUUUGGGGUUCAUUUCUGUUUAAGACUGUCUGAAUACGAUAUUAAUAUAGCUUUGAGAACAAUUAUAUUUGGACGUUGGUUAGCAAAUUUAGUACAGUGAAUAUGAUAUUUAGCAAUAAUUAAGAGAAGGUUGAUUAAAUAUACUUUGUCUGGGCUUGUCAUGUCAUUUUUUGAUACACCAAAUAGUACAUGUUGAAUGCUCAACUUAAAGGAAGAAUCAACUUUAGCAUUUAUAAGAUUAUUGAGGUAAAUCCAGAGAAUGAGUAUACCGGUAUGUGCAAUUCCAGAAUAAGUGAGAUAUUGUUUAAUCCACAUUACCACAAAAAGAACAGUGUGUCAAUGUUUAUCUUAUAUACAAUAAGAUUGGUCUUGACUGGAUAGAAUCUAUUAAGUAUUUUAAAAGUAACCUCUCUUACUUUGUUUGUACCGUAAUAAUACAUUUUCUUGACAAGACCCAUGAUCAGUCAAACCAAUGUCGGAGUCAAAAUGCCACGAUCACGUGACUUUAUUUAUUUGAAUAAUAGAAUGCAAUGCUAAUGAAGUUGAUUUCUUUUCUUUUUUUUUUUCGUUUUUCUAGUAUGUCACUUAGUCGUGUAGCCUAAACUGCAUUCAGGUAAGCGGAUCAGAAUAACCAUAUCGUUAUUACAGCGAACCUUUGGAUAUUCUCGCUUUGUUCUUCUAGUAAUUAAAAACGACACAAACACGAUCCCAUAUCCGCGCUGGGACUUUUUGCCGUACAGCAACGUUGCGUUGUCAUGUCAGUCGGUGCGUCCGAAACGCCAUACUAAACAGUAUAUACUCAAAAAGUAUAUUUAAGUUUGGCACACUUUUGAGUAAGUAUCAGUAGUAUGUAUUAAUAGUAUGCAUUAAUGGGGACGUACUACUCAGAGCAACACGGCACUUCCUGCCGUUGGGAGGGGGAGUUGUUACCAUGGUAACAACUCCUGUCACAGCAGCAGUAGCAGC